ACCAGGAGCCCAACCCCUAGUCCUCCAGCACCAGCUAUAAUUAGCCUGGUGGGGCCACUGACAGGGAAGCAGGCAAUCCAGCGAACCUGCGCCAUGAGUGUCUCGGACUCAGCACAUCGUCCUUCAGACCCAGAGCAUGUCUCUCUUCCUGUCCAGAAGGAUGGUCUUGGCUUCCCUUCGCCUGCCCGGAGAACCCCCUCCUGGCCUCCGUCCCCAGAUGAGGAUCCCAGUUUGCCCCCCUUUCCUCUGGAAGAGCCUGGCCCCAGACUUAUGGCCCCAGGGAGCCUUCCCUCUCCAGCCUUGUCCCUAGAGGAAGAAGAAGAGGAUGAGGACGGAGAAGACGCGGCGGAGCCCGAGGGGCUGUGCAGUGAGGAGCAUCCCAGCCAGUUUUUCGCGGAAGCGCAGCGGUUGCGGGAGCAGAGGCUGCUGCUGGAUGAAGAGGUGUCAGUUGGGGGGCGAAUAUAUGGGGUGCAUCGGGUGAUCUUGGCUGCUGUUAGCAGCCUCUUCAGAGGCAGGCUGCUGGGCAGUGGAGGUCCGCAACCCCCCUUCAGCCUGGACGUAACCCCCAGGGCCUGGGAGGCCGUGCUGACCUUUGCCUAUGAGGGGGUGCUGGGCCCCGCCCCGCAGGAGGAUGUGUUGGUAGCUGCUGAAACCCUGGGAGCGCCCCGGGUGAAGGCCGUGGCCCAGAGGGGACGCCAAGGGGCUGGAAGCGCCGGGGAAGAUGAAAAGCAGCCCAGCCAGGCCGAGGAGCUGAGAGAGAACCUGCGCAGCAUUGAGCUCCUGUACCGAGAGGGCAUCGGGUGUGACCUGGAGCUGGAGGCAGGCGGUUGCCGGCUGCGGGUGCACCGAGCAGCCCUCGCCUGUGGCAGCGAGUUCUUUGGGGCCAUGCUCCUGAGUGGGAUGAGGGAAUCCCAGGGCACAGAGGUGUCUCUGCACACCAUCUCUGCCCAGGACCUACGACUCCUCGUCUCUUUUGCCUACUCAGGGGUUGUACGGGCAAGGUGGCCAGGACUGCUGAGAGCUGCCCAGGCUGCUGUGCAGUACCAGAGCUCUUCCUGCCUGACCCUGUGCCAGAGAGCCUUGGCACAAGGCCUCAGCCCUGCUCGUUGCCUGGCCCUGAUCCCCAUGGCUGAAGCCCCUGUUGAGAGGCUCUGGAGCAAAGCCCGUCACUACCUCCUCACCCACCUGCCCGCUGUGGCUUUGUGCUCUGCCUUCCCUUCUUUACCGGCCAUCUGGCUGGCAGAACUCCUGGAUAGCGAUGAGCUACACUUGCAGGAGGAGUUCGAGGCCUUUGUGGCUGCACGGUGUUGGCUAGCUGCCAACCCUGAGACUCAGGAGUCAGAGGCCAAGGCCCUGCUUCGAUGUGUCCGCUUUGGCCGUAUGUCCACCAGGGAGCUGCGGAGGGUACGGGCGGCUGGGCUGCCUCCACCCUUCACCUCAGACUUGCUGCAUCAGCUGCUGGUGGAAGCUGAGGUACCAGGACAAGAGAGGCGGAGGGAGCCUGACCAGGCACUGGUAGUGAUCGGUGGGGACGGGCUCAGAUCAGACAUGGCCAUGAGACAGCCAUCCCGAGGAGUGUGGUGGGCCCGGGCCUUUUGCUGCGGAACAGGACUGGUUCGAACUGUGGAGUGGGGCCGGCUGCCUGCCUUGCCUGCCCCUGGGCGCUUCCGGCAUGGGGCUGCGAGCCUAGCAGGAAGUGAACUCUACGUGUGUGGGGGACAGGAUUUCUACAGCCACUCGAACACCCUGGCUUCAACUCUCAGGUGGGACCCCAGUCAAGAGAACUGGGAGGAGAUGGCACCUUUGUGCCAGGCUCGGAGUUUUUUCCCCCUGGUGGUUCUGGAUGGACUGCUUUAUGCCCUGGGUGGACGAAACAAUGGUGUUGCCCUCAGCUCUGUGGAGACUUAUAACCCUAAGCUCAAUGUCUGGAGGCCAGCACCUGCUCUUCCAGCACCACGCUUUGCCCACGCAGCUGCUGUUUUGGAGGGCCAGUUGUAUGUGAGCGGUGGCUGCAGUGGGACUGGCCAAUACUUGGCUUCGUUGCUGCACUAUGACCCCAACCUUGAGAAGCCAGGGACACAUCUGAGCCCAAUGGGGGUGCCUCGGGCUGGCCACGUCAUGGGUGCUCUGGGUAGCCGGUUGUAUGUAGCAGGUGGGCUAGGGGAGACCGGGGAUCUGCUGAGCUUCGAGGCCUAUGAACCAAGGACUGAUAGCUGGACUCAGCUGCCACCCCUGCCCUGCCCCCAUGUAGGGGCUGCAGGUGCCGUGCUACAGGGGGAGCUACUGGUGCUGGGGGGCUACAGCCAUCGUACUUAUGCCCCCUCCCACCUCAUCCAUGCCUAUUGUCCUGGCCUGGGCCGAUGGCUGUGCCUGGGAACUCUGCCUAGGCCUCGGGCUGAGAUGCCUGCCUGCAUCCUGACACUGCCCCCUGUGCAGCACAGAGCUUUGGUCUCCAUGGGGCACCAAACCAAACCUGCUGGGUGAGGGGGGAGCAGCAGUGGAUUGGGGGAGGAAGGGGUAGAGACAUUGUGAGGGAAGGAUGGAGAUGAUCGGGGUGGAGCAGAAAAAGGUUUUAGUCAUGGUCGUAUUUCAUUCUAGCUCAGUGCUUUACAACUCAGGAACUGCUUUUUAUACAUGCUCUUCAUUGAGGAAAGUGUGGUUUCAGAAUUCCUGGAGCAAGAGGAAGGGGAGGGGAGGCUACUGAAUACUUAAGUAAGGAGAGGAGACCCAGGGGCUACUCUACAAGGUUUAGGGACCGUGGCAUGAUUCUUGGUGGGGAAAGUGCAUCUGGCUGGGAAGACAGUCCAGAAGUGUCAGUCGCCAAGGUGAAGGGGCCAUGAGAGGACAGUCAGGAAAAUGAUGAUUCUAACCAAUGGAUGAGGAAGAAAGUGGAACGGCUAUCCAUCAAAGAGUUGAGGAGUGUAGGAGACGGACCGUAAUUGUUGCUUCUCUUUAUUCUCCAAUCCCUGGGAUACCUAAACCCUCUUGACAAUAUUCUAUCUCAGGUUAUUUGUAGAUCCAGUCUAGCGUUUCCUCAGUCACCCACUGCAGGCUGCCCCUAAGGGCCUCUUGGUUUUCAAUCUGAGGCAGAAUUCACAUCCGGAUCCGGCACAACACAGGGGCCCUAGAUGCCAGGGCGACAAGGUGGGAGUACUGCACGUGGGGAGGAUGAGCGGGCAGAGAGGAGGAGGGAGGUGCCUAUGGUGGGAAAGGGAUGAAACAAGGUGUGAGGUUGUGAGGUGGGAGAAGUCAGGAGCCUGGCCUGGCUGUUUCCUUCCCUUUGCGGUGAAUCGAGGGAUCAGGAGGGAAAACAGUGCAGUCGUGGUGUGAGGUCCUAAGCCAUGAGAGGAAGUGGCCGAGAGAAGAGGAGAAGUAGAAAAGACUUAGAAAAGAGGUUUUCUCCUCUGUCCAUUUCCUCCAGAGUUCUUUGACUCCAUUUCCCUUUUUCUUAGUCAGGGAAAGUCUAGUCAGAUGUUUCCUCUCUCUCUUCCUCCACCCUGCUUUUCCUUCCCCCCUUUUUUUCCCCUUUCCUUUCUUUUCUCUUCUCUUUUUUCCCUCACAGUUAUUAUCUACUAUGUGUCAGGUCCUAUAGGAGGAACUAAGGAUCUAAGGACAGGGAGCUCCUGACCAGCACACAGAUUUGCAACCAAAUACAAGUUUUACUGUAGAGUUAAGAAGUAUGGAUGCUUGCCUCAUGCCUCUUGUGAGAGCUGUGUACGAACACUCAGAGGAUGGAGGAGGGCAGCUGCCCAGAGAAGGCUUCUGUUAGGAAGGCAUCAGCAGAUGGGUACAGUGUGGACUUUUUUUAUGGCCACAUCUGCGGCAUAUGGAAGCUCCCAGGCUAGGGGUCAAAUUGGAGCUGCAGAUGCCAGCCUACACCACAGCCACACUGAAUCCGAGCCACAUCUGCAACAUACGCCACGGCUUGUGGCAGUGCUGGAUCCUUAGCCCACUCUGUGGGGCCAGGGAUUGAACCUGCAUCCUCAUGGAUGGAUUGGGUUCUUAACCUGUUGGGCCACAAUGGGAACUCCUGGACUGGAUCUUGAAGGCUGCCUGGAAACUCACCCAUCAGAGGAGGAAAGCAUUCCAGUCAGAUGAAAGAAGAAAGUGGGGUGUGUGGGGCCCCGUGUCUCCACAGCAAAGGGAAACUCAGCACUCCACGGGUUCUUCAGAGAAUUCUGAUGCCUUUGCCAGCCUUCUCUCUUCCCUGGAACCUUCCUAAGGACAAUGGCUUUCAAUUGUCCUCAAUUAACAAUUGUCUAUUCCCUCCCUCCACAGCUCCUCUAAAUCUUUCUUGUCUGGUAUUUCCACUUCUGACCCCUGAGCAGCACAGGGCAAAGAAGGGCCAGUUCCUUGUAUAGGUCAGUUUUCUAUCACCAUUGCUUGUUAAGGUUCUCACACUGCUAAGGAUGAGCUAGGGAGCCUCCCUUGCAUCUUCUUCGUCAUGUCCAGGAGGGACUUGAUGUGUUUUUUGUUUACUUUUUGAGAUUUUAUUAUUUUAUUAAGGUUUUUUUCUAUAUCUCUGUUUAGGAACAUAGUUGAAAAUGAGGAGGGGUAAGUAGGCUAUAUAAGAGAAGAAAGAUUGAAGAAGAUAGGAAAGAAGGAAAUUGGAAGCAUUGAGAAACUACGAGGAUUGAGUCAUUAGGGUGAACGUCUGUGAAGAGGUUCUUUGUGAUUUGUAUGCAAAGAUGGGCUUAAAUAAAUGUUUUAUCAUGAUUGAA